CUACUCCAAACUAAAAUGAAUUAAAUUAACAUAGACCAAUUCCAGAAUCUUCAUAGAACCUUCUCAUACACCGUUGGAUUACUCAUCAUGACACGUGUAGGACAAAGAGGCCAAGAUCCUUCACAAGUGGUUGAUCACUUUUUCUCGUAAUCCAUUUUCAUUCUCCUGCUUAUUUAAGCACCUCGCCACUUCUCAUAAUUCCCCAACCAAAAACCAUUUCACAAACACUUACAAAGCACUUUAAAGCUCUCUCUCUCUCUCUAGUGCUCGUUCUCGCUCGUUUAAUCUCUCCAAGAAAAAAGCUCUCCUUCGCCUUAAAACAUGGCUCCACCGGAACUUGUCCCAACCUCGGUUAAAACCGCUCCGUUUACCAAACCCGCAACCCUACCCAGACGGGCAUACGUGACUUUCUUAGCGGGUAACGGUGACUACGUGAAAGGCGUUGUUGGUUUAGCGAAAGGGUUAAGGAAGGUUAAAUCGGCGUACCCUUUAGUGGUGGCCGUACUACCCGACGUACCGGAGGAUCACCGUCGGAUUCUAGAAUCACAAGGGUGUAUAGUCCGAGAGAUCGAACCCGUUUACCCACCCGAGAACCAGACCCAAUUCGCCAUGGCAUAUUACGUCAUCAACUACUCCAAGCUCCGUAUAUGGGAGUUCGUAGAGUAUAGUAAGAUGAUAUACUUGGAUGGAGAUAUUCAGGUAUACGACAACAUAGACCACCUCUUCGAUUUGGCCGAGGGGAAUUUCUACGCUGUUAUGGACUGUUUUUGCGAGAAGACAUGGUCUCACACUCCUCAGUAUAAGGUAGGCUACUGCCAGCAAUGCCCUGAGAGAGUGAAGUGGCCCACAGCCGAGUUGGGUCCACCUCCGGCCCUUUACUUCAACGCUGGCAUGUUUGUCUUUGAGCCAAAUCUCUCUACUUAUCAUGAUCUCUUAAGAACUUUGAAAGUCACAACUCCAACCUCAUUUGCUGAACAGGACUUUUUGAACAUGUACUUUAAAGACAUUUAUAAGCCUAUUCCACUUGUUUACAAUCUUGUAUUGGCUAUGUUAUGGCGUCAUCCGGAGAAUGUUGAGCUUGACAAGGUCAAAGUGGUGCACUACUGUGCAACGGGAUCAAAGCCAUGGAGGUACACAGGAAAAGAGGAGAAUAUGCAGAGAGAUGAUAUUAAGAUGUUGAUAAAGAAAUGGUGGGACAUUUACAACGAUGAGUCCCUAGACUAUAAGAAACCGAUUGGAUCCGCCGUGGGAGGUGUCCAAGCCGAGGCGGUGAAUAUGCAGCCCUUCAUUGAUGCUCUCUCCAAAGCUGCCGGUAGGGUUAAGUAUGUAACAGCUCCAUCUGCAGCUUGAGGCAUUUCGGUACAUUUGGGUUUUGUAAUGAUCGAUGAUUCGUAUAUAUAUAUCAUCUUUUUCUUAAUUGAUAAGUCUGUCCCAAACUGAUUUGGAGACUAGUGUGUUAUUGAAUCAAUAAUAUAAUCAAGUAAGAUUUGUAAUUUAGCGCAAUUGAAAUUGUAGUGCUUAUCCAUAUAUUAAUACAUAGCUAACAUUUGUCA